GGUGCGUUACCCGGCAACGUGGAUACGCGCGGAUUGGACGGAGCUGAGUGAGAGGGCAGAGAAGACUGGAAACUGCCUCAGAGUCUGCCACACAGCAUGUAAACAUUUAACCCAUAGACCGUCUAGAAGGGCUGCCUCGAACACAAGAAAAGACCACCGAAAGUGCAGCGAUAGGUGGUAGUACUUGCUGACCACUAAGCGGUCACUAUAAGGGGAGUAGGUCGGAAAGAAAUCGAGUAGUUAUGGGCCUCGGAGCCGCAGCGGGAUGAGCCAUGUAGCUAGCCAGCUAGCAAUUUUAACGUCGUUAGCCAUCUGGCUAGCUGUACAGUGCUCCGGAAACAUGGACAUUGUCGGGAGGCGAGUUACAGCCCUGCCAGGGUUUGAUUCAGAGGAGGAUGGUAGAGACCCAGGGAUGCACACCUUCACGCAUACGCAUAUGAGGAAAGCCUUCAGGUUAAUGAACGACUUGAGAAGCAGGAGGAUGCUUUGCGAUGUGCUGCUAGUAGCUGGAGAAGUGGAGAUUCCUGCACACAAAGUGGUUCUAGCUUCCUGUAGUCCGUACUUCUGCGCUAUGUUCACAGGUGAAAUGAGUGAAAGUAAGGCUCCACGUGUUGAAAUAAGAGAUAUGGAUGGGCAGACACUCACGAAACUGGUGGAUUAUAUAUAUACGGCACAGAUUGAAGUAUCAGAAGACAACGUUCAGGUGCUGCUGCCCGCAGCCAGUUUGCUGCAGCUGAUGGACGUGAGGCAAGUGUGCUGUGAGUUCCUGCAGGCUCAGCUCCACCCCACCAACUGCCUUGGCAUUCGCGCCUUUGCCGACCUGCACGCCUGCACAGACUUGCUAAACCAUGCCCACGCCUACGCUGAGCAGCAUUUCUCAGAGGUCAUGCAGGGAGAGGAGUUCAUGAGUCUUUCCUUGCAGCAAGUGUGCAGUCUCAUCUCUAGUGACAAACUUACUGUGUCCACUGAGGAGAAGGUUUUUGAAGCCAUGAUUGCAUGGAUAAAGCACGAUAAGGAGGCACGAUUGGAGUACAUGCCAAAACUCAUGGAGCAUGUUCGGCUGCCGUUAUUAUCGAGAGAUUACUUAGUUCAGAUCGUAGAGGAAGAGGCUUUGAUCAAGAACAACAACACAUGUAAGGAUUUUCUCAUUGAAGCUAUGAAGUACCACCUGUUGCCUGCAGACCAGCGGCACCUGAUAAAGACUGAUAGGACACGACCACGGACACCAGUCAGCUUGCCUAAGGUGAUGAUAGUGGUGGGUGGCCAGGCCCCUAAAGCUAUCCGCAGCGUUGAGUGUUAUGACUUUCAGGAGGAUCGUUGGUACCAGGUGGCCGAUCUGCCUUCUAGACGCUGCCGAGCAGGUGUGGUAUUCAUGGCUGGUAAGGUGUAUGCAGUGGGGGGCUUCAACGGUUCUUUGCGUGUGAGGACGGUGGAUGUGUAUGACGGUGUGAGGGACCAUUGGAGUGCGGUUCCUAGCAUGCAGGAGCGCCGCAGUACUCUUGGGGCAGCCGUGCUGGGGGACCUGCUCUAUGCUGUUGGAGGGUUUGAUGGCAGUACAGGCUUGUCCUCAGUGGAGGCAUACAACCCCAAAACUAACGAGUGGGUGUUUGUGGCUCCCAUGAACACCAGGCGUAGCAGUGUGGGAGUAGGAGUGGUGGACGGAAAGCUGUAUGCAGUGGGAGGUUACGAUGGGGCAUCCCGGCAGUGUCUGAGCACUGUGGAAGAGUACAAUCCUGUUAGUAAUAAAUGGGGCUACGUUGCUGAUAUGAGCACCAGGCGGAGUGGAGCAGGGGUUGGAGUGCUUGAUGGACAGUUGUAUGCUGCAGGGGGUCAUGAUGGUCCCCUGGUGAGGAAGAGUGUAGAGGUAUAUGACCCAGCUACUAAUACCUGGAGGCAGGUGUGUGAUAUGAACAUGUGCCGGAGGAACGCAGGAGUGUGUGCCAUAAACGGCCUGCUAUAUGUGAUCGGUGGAGAUGAUGGCUCAUGUAACUUGUCCUCUGUGGAGUACUACAACCCUGCUAUGGAUAAAUGGAGCCUCAUUCCUACCAACAUGAGUAACGGACGCAGCUAUGCAGGGGUGUCAGUUAUUGACAAACCAUUAUGACUAAGGGCUCUGGUGAGCAGGACCCCACUGACAUGUGUAGAGAAUGGCUGUAGUAGACAUACGGUCAUUUGAAGCUAGUCUGUGGGAGCAGGCGUGCUGUGGACAGACUCUUCCUGUUCUGGUCACGCUGACCCUGUGCUCACCAUGAAAACAGCUUAAAGCACACCAUCACGCAGACUGACCGCCAAAAUGUAAGACCAGGCAUGCACAUGCUGAGCCCUGUGGCCUCUCUCUCUUCAAACGGUGCCAUUUACCACCACUGAUUAUCUGAGAGGCCACAUGCCCCCCUGCCCGUUUUCAUGAGUUCACAGUCAGACUGAAUGAGUUCUCAGAUAAAGCAGCCUGCCUGACUGGAGCCAGCAGGUGCUAAAGGAUGGUCUAAAUGAAGUGAGACAGCUGGGGCAGGAUUGGUGUGGGAAACUGGACUACAGCUACAGAGCAUGCCAACUCCGUCUCUGCUCUACUACUGAUUUGCAACACACUGAGGAAACCACUGCCUCUCAUCCUGUUCUAAAAGUGAUGAGGGCGUUCGAGGGCAGAACCUAAAAACGGGUCCUCAUGGUCUGAAGCAUAAAUACAGUAUUUACCCACAGCCACAGCUUUGCCACCUGCUCAGCCAUCAGGAGAAGCAUGCAUCACUGCAUAUCAUUCCCAUAACAUGACCAAGCUGGAUCUGGACUGAAAAACGCUACCAUCACUCUGUUUCUACUCUUGUAAAGGGAUUUUACUUUUCCUUUCUAACUGUGUGACUGUUUUUGAUGCAGUGAUAACAGGGUUUUAACACGGACUAAAAAGUACUGUAGAAACAACACUGCAAAGAAGCGAACACUUACUGGAGAGCGAUUUAAGCCAGCUGCUUUUUGUGCCAUUAUAUAUUUAAUGCAUAGCAUAUCUUAACUGGGACUCAGAAACCUCAUAAUUGUGGGAAAUGUGCCAAAUAUAACAUGGAUAUGUCAACUCAACUGCAUAUAAGCACUUUUAUUAACGAGGCUGUCAGUAAUCAUAAAACCCGAGUCGAGACAUCAGAUGUAUGAUGCUUAGAUUCAUUACUGGGUCCAGAUAUUUGUUUUCAUGUUGAUGGUUCACGUAAUCUCUUAAAUUACAUACCGAACAGCAGUGACUUGUCUGAUGAUUUUGCACUGUAAUUUGAUUUGAAUUUGAAAGAGCCAGUACAUGUUUUAAUGGCAGUGAAAUGUCAGGGUAGGUAAGCAGGAUAAUGCAACAUUAUUGUAAGCACAAUUGAUUUUAAGCAUUUUAUGGCCUGUAUCUCGUCAGGUAUUGGUUCACAUUUUAAUGUUCUUCUAACAAAGUUACUUUGCAUAAAAACAGGAGGUUCUGUUGCGGUAACAAUAAGCCACAGUUCACUAAUGAGUUCUGGAAAUCUAGACAGUUUUGCUAUUUUUAGACAAUAACACUAUCAAACUUGCAUAAUAGUCUUACAGAGUUUCUUGAAAUAUAGAUUUUGACUCUACCUUUAUUUAAGUGCACUGAAGAAAUUGAUCUUUAAGUGAUUACAUAACUGGAGCAAACUGAUCUUUGGUUGUUAAAAUAUUUAUUUUAAUAUAAAUUUUCAUCACUUCUUCCACUCUUACUAACCCUAAAUCAUGCAGGUUGGUUCACUGCAGCCUCAGCCAUUUUUUGAAAAACAGUAUUAACUCUGUCCUUCUAUUUUCAGCACAGCAAGACUAUGCAGUUAAUAUCACUCUAGACUGAAAGCCGCUGGGUCUGUCAGAACUGAUGCAGUGUGACAUAGAUGUCUUAAAUGCAAUUAUCAGAGGCUUCCCAGCUCUGUAAAUGGCGUUCCGCUGUAUAAUCUAUGGUUUUUGGAUUACUCUAAAGUGGUGUGCACAAUAGAUUUUAAUGUAUUUCUAAACCAGUGUAUCAUUAAAAGAAUGAUUAAACACUGUGCUUUGCCUGGA